ACUGUGAAGAUUUCUUUAUCGACUCGGACAAACAACAAGGGUCUGUUAUGUAAUAAAUUCCCGAAACAUAACCAAAUUAGGGUUUAAGCAUUUAGUGAGUUUCCAGUAAACCCUUCUCUGAAUCGCUGCCGCUUCUUCGAUAGACUAAAAGAAUCCAAACCUCAGUAGCCAUGGAAGGCGAAGAGAAGAAUGAUUAUAGAAACGAGGAAGAAGAUUUCAAUACACCACAACAACUACAAAAGAAGCAAAGGAAAGGGAAAAAAAUAGCAACGGAAACAGAGGAUGAAAACGAAGAAGACAAGAGAGUUACUCUCAAAGUCACGCAAGUCGCCGAGAGACCCGAUAGAAUCUCUCCGAUCGUCGCCUAUUUCUCUACAGGAUACGAUCCUUGUAAAGUAGAUCCAAAAACAGGCAAGAGAGUUCAUGAAACUCCCAAGGUUACUGUUUACAAGCAUAAGGAUGAUUCUAAGAAGAGGAUUCAGGUUGUUGUAAGUCCUCCAGGCGCAAGAGUUGAGUUCGUCGGAACUAAUUACACAGGCGAGCAAGCUGCUAUGCAGACGAAUACUUAUAGAGUUGGUGUUUUUAAUAGAGAGGCUAAAACUUUGAGGAUUCUUCCUGUUGCUCACAAUAAGAUAAUCAGAUUGGAGCCUAGAGUUAAAGCUCAAGAAACAAAUGAGGAAGAAGCUUCAGGAAGUGCUGUCGUCAAAGAACUUGAAGAACUAAAAACAGGAGAACGCGAUCGUUAUAAUACAAAAAAAGCUGUUACUCGGGAUAAGAAGAAGCGUGCCUUAUAUAUGGGAGAUGAUGCUGCGACUCAGAAGGUCCUUGAUGGGAAACUAAGUGAGUUAGGUGUUAACACAGCUGCUCUUGAAGGCACCAGUUCUACUGUUGCACGCAACAUUCCUCCUUACAAUACCGCUGCAACGACUGCAAAUGAAGCUUAUCCCUUAGAAAAGAUCAUUGAAAAGGGGGAUUGGAGUUUUCUUGAAGAUAUUUACUGGCUUCUGCAACAGGAAACUGAAGCAGCAACUGAGGCUUACCCUGUAUUUGUCCGCAACAGAUUGUACAGAUUGCGAGAUAUCAAGGACGAUAUGAAAAAGCAGACGGUUUGUGGUGCUGCAACGCUUCUCACCCAUCUGGUUAAGUUCAAGGACAGAAACUCAAUGAAUGGUUACGAUUCCGCUAAAGACCACAAGAUGCCAGACAUCUUCCGUCAAAAAUUCAACAGCAUGUUCAAGGAUUCUGAAUCAGAUAGGAUACCUGUUGACAAGAUCAACCUUCUGAUAAGCUACGUUCUUGUGCUAUCCCUUCACGUGGAUAAUUUCAUGACCGAUCCAGAAGACAUAGCAAAAGAUCUGAGGAUAAGCACAGUUGAGCUGAGGAAACAUUUUCUACAGCUUGGCUGCAAAUUCCUGAAGCAGAAUUCUACUACGGUUGCUACCUUACCGACCCCUCUCAAUUUCCCGGAGGUUAACCGGAGGCGCAGGGCACGAAAGUGAUGACGAUCUAGGAGAAGAUUUUGUUCUAUCUUUACAUAUUUUCUGCUAUUUUAAUGAUAUUUCUUUGACGGUCUGUUGAGAUAUUAUAAAUUGUUUUAGUUCCUAAGACAUCUGUUUCUUGGGUUUAAUGAUAUAUGAUGUUUUGGCAUUUAAGCAAGCAAACUGCUCUAAGUCCAUGAUAGUGAACUAAGUGACAUUUUAUUAGAAGAAAGAGAUAUUUAUUGG